CAUUCAUACUGAGGCCAGAGUGCCAUCGAAGGUAAUUAUAGAGACAGUAAAAUCCUUUUACUCUGGGAAAAAUAAAAUGCUGGGUGUCUCACAAAAUUUCAGAACCUGAUUUCAAACGGAUCAUAACAAAGAGGAGAUCAAAUUUAGCAUGGUGGACUGCUCGACAGGAUAUAUUUGUCAAUGGAAUGUUUCCACAUAUUAUACCACCAACAUGAGAAAAAAAUGAUCAUUGUUUAUUUGAAGCUUGAAAAAUGAGCAGGCAGAAUUGUUGGAUUUGUAAGAUGUGCAGAGAUGAAUCUAAGAGGCCCCUUUCAAACCUUACUUUGGAGGAAGUGUUACAGUGGACCCAAUCUUUUGAAAAUUUAAUGGCUACAAAAUAUGGUCCAGUAGUCUAUGCAGCAUAUUUAAAAAUGGAGCACAGUGAGGAGAAUAUUCAAUUCUGGAUGGCAUGUGAAACCUAUAAGAAAAUUGCCUCACGAUGGAGCAGAAUUUCUAGGGCAAAGAAGCUUUAUAAGAUUUACAUCCAGCCACAGUCCCCUAGAGAGAUUAACAUUGACAGUUCGACAAGAGAGACUAUCAUCAGGAACAUUCAGGAACCCACUGAAACAUGUUUUGAAGAAGCUCAGAAAAUAGUCUAUAUGCAUAUGGAAAGGGAUUCCUAUCCCAGAUUUCUAAAGUCAGAAAUGUACCAAAAACUUUUGAAAACUAUGCAGUCCAACAACACUUUCUGACUAUAACUCAAAAGUUUAAAUAGAAAACAGUAUAUUGAAAGUGGUGGGUUUGAUCUUUUUAUUUAGAAGCCCACAAAAUCAGGAACACAGUACAAAUAAAACAGAAAUCAAACUAUAAGUUGAUUUUUAGUUCCUAAAAAGAAACAUAUUUCAAAAGCAAUGGAAUCUAGAAUUCUUAUAACAUGAAUAACAAAAUGUACAGCAUACCUAUGUAGUUCAAUUAAUAUAUAAGGAAAAGGAAGGUCUUUCUUCAUGAUACAAGCAUUAUAAAGUUUUUACUGUAGUAGUCAAUUAAUGGAUAUUUCCUUGUUAAUAAAAUUUGGUGUCAUAAUUUACAAAUUAGUUCUUUAAAAAUUGUUGUUAUAUGAAUUGUGUUUCUAGCAUGAAUAUGUUCUAUAGAGUACUGUAAAUAACUUGAAUUUAUAGACGAAUGCUACUCACAGUACAAUCAAUUGUAUUAUACCGUGAGAAAAUCAAAAAGAUGUUCUUCAGAGACAUUUUAUCUAUAAAAUUUUCCUACUGUUAUGUUCAUUAACAAACUUCUUUAUCACAUGUAUCUUCUACAUGUAAAACAUUUCUGAUGAUUUUUAACAAAAAAUAAAUGAAUUUCUUAAUUUGCUCUUGCAUUUACAUUGCUAUAAGGAUAUAAAAUGUGGUUUCUAUAUUUUGAGAUUUUUUUUCCUUACAAUGUGAACUCAUCAUGGUCUUGGAAAUCAAUAAAAUCAAAUAUCAACUAAAGACUUACAUGAUUUUUUUCAAAGACAAAAUAAAUAUAUUUUUCAGUACAAA